AUGAUCUUUUUCGUUGCUAUACAUAAUCACUUAAUUAUAGUGGUGAUCGUGACUUCUUGUAUUUUUAUCCUAGUUGAUACGGCUAUGACGAGAACAUUAGAAAAUGUCACCAAUUAUACUUCUGAAGAUCUGUCAGAAUUAGAAAUUAAAAGACUUAAUUAUCCACGCUGGGGACACACUAUUUUCGCAGUGUUGCUUCUUUUUGUGGAAUUAUUUGGAUUUACAGAGAUUUGUUUUAUUCUUUUCACGUUUUUCAAGACGAAACACCUUCGCUCCGCAACAAACAUUUUUGUAAUCGCUCUAUGUGUGGCUGACCUUUGUAUGCUCAUUUUAGGAUGUCCAUUUUCAGUUAUUUCUGCAUUUAAUGGACAAUGGGCUUUUAGUAAAGCCGUUUGUGUGCUUUCUGGAUUUAUAGUAUAUUUCCUAGGACUAACUCAGCUCUACCUGUUAGUGGCCAUCAGUGUGGAUAGAUACAUUGUGAUAACAAAACCGCUUCAGUCAGCCCUUAUUACAAAACGAGUUGCUGUACUUUCUUGUAUAGGAUGUUAUGUAGGUGGAUUUUUCUGGGCAGUCCUUCCCCUGGCUGGAUGGUCUCAGUAUGGAUUAGAGGCCCCCGGAGUUUUCUGCGGACUAGAUAUUGAAAAUACACAGUUCUCUUACUCACUAACAAUAUUUUUCACUUGCUUUCUUUUCCCGUUUAUCAUUAUGUGUUUUUGCUAUUACAGAAUUUAUUCAACGAUCCGAAACAUUAACAAAACAACAGUGUGGGAUAUUACUAGCAGAGUUGCAAGAAAAAACUUGAGACUUGAGAAGAAGAUGAUGAGAACUUGUAUACUAAUGUGCUGCUCCUUCUGGAUAUGCUGGUUCCCGUAUGCUUUAGUCUUCUUUUGGCAAGUGUUAUUUGGCGUCGACUCAUUACCGUUAGUGUUAACAGAAAUACCAGCCCUAGCUGCUAAAUCACAAGGUGUUCUAAACCCCCUUAUCUAUGGUGCAACGAAUAAAAUGUUUCGCCAGUCGUUUUAUAACAGUUUACCAUGUAAAAGACUACGUGAAAUUCUCAUGAAAAGGGAAGAGGAGAAAACACACAAUUCAGAAGAAUCAGGAACUGAAGAUGGGCCGGAAAGAGAGGUCACGACGCUGAAGAACACUAACAAUGCAGUCAAUCCAAACGCAGUGGGUCCAGCUGAAUCGGCUGAUAGUAAAGCACCGACUAACUCAGAAUGUUAG